AUGGCCACGAGCUCACCGGCUCCAGGAGUGCGGCCGCAGCGGUCUGGGGCUCACUCGACUGGCCAGCAUCGCGUGGCAGCUAGCCAGAUGCAGUCUACCCUGGCCGAGCUCUACGACGAUGUGCAGCAUAUCCUUUCAGAUGCGCCAGGUACACAGGGAGCUGACACGCCGGCUAUCUCCGCUUCGGCUCGCCUCCAUGCCAGUCGCGCCCCUCCAGCCCAGUCAUCCCCGAUGGCCAAGAGUGGCAUGGCAGCGGCAGAAGCAACGGCGGAAGCUACCCCGCGGGUGGCUUCUGCUGGCUCAAGCUCAAGCUCAAGCGCUGUCCCUGCCUAUGGUCCGGGUAAUCGACGUUACGGAUUUGUGCCCACGGCCUGUCAGUUUUGUCUGCAGACCGAGCACAAGGUUGAGCGCCUGCGCGUGUGUGCAAACUGCAAGUCCAUCUCCUACUGCUCUGUGGCACACCAGCGCGCCGACUGGCCUUUUCACAAAAAGAUCUGCAAAGCCAAGUGCAGCAUUUACGACGAGAAAGCCUUAGUAGCACAGGCUGAGCGCGCCCAGAACGUUGACGAGUGGUGUCGCUCUCGCGUUGCCAUCAUCAACGGUCUGCAAAUGAUACAGGACAUUAUGCAGGAGACCCUGCUCAACCCCGUGGAGCUGGAAAUGAUUACUUUUGCUCGGCACUGUGCCGUCUGCUACGAGACAAAGCGCGACCGGCUCUUUGACUGCAAGCACUGUCGCAUGGUGAGCUACUGCUCCGCAGAACAUCAGCAGCAACAUCUUGUUGCCCACCAGCGCGACUGUCCACGCUGGCUCUUUGCCCUUCACUGCCUCCAAGCGAAGCGGAUGAUCGCGACAGAAGAGCUGGUGUGCGACACCUGCCUGCACUUGAGUCGCAAGCUGACCUUUGCCGUCUAUCCUGGAACCUAUCCCGAGUUUCAAGAGGCCUGGCGCAAUGAUUAUCCUGGCGGCAAAACCCCGCAUCUGGCGGUUGCCUUUGAUUCGCGACUUUUCGGGCCGUGGGAACAAGGAAGCGAAGACUACGUGACAGACACCAUCACACAUCUUUUGGACCAUGGCGUACCCACGCUCGUGACGGGCCGAUAUCGUCGAUGCAUCACGGCACAGCAUGACGCCUUGCGCAAGGGGGAUGCCCGAUUUGUCCUACCCGUGCAGGCCAACCCCUUUGCCGGACUCGUACCGCAUCGCAUCGCCGACCUGCAUCAUGCUGGUGGCGAGGUCCUAGACCACACCAAUCAGUUCCUGGCUGCCUUUGCGGGUCGGCAGUGUCUGGGCACGAAAAGCGGGCCUGCAACGCCAACCCCCGUCGACACGUCCGUCGACUAUGCCUCUUGCUAUCGCUUGCUCGUACAGACGGGGGACCGUGCUCGACCAGGCAUGCACCGUGAGCGAUGGCCUGUCGACAUGGCCUCCUCCGUGGCUAGUGGGAAAGUCAGCAGGGAAGAACGCCCAAGUGCCGACGCGGCUGAGCCGCCUGUUUAA